GGGAAAUGGGAACACUUGCACACAUGCUCUUCAAAUCGACUCGCUCUUUUUAUCCCUUUAUUACACUCGUUUUUAUUCUCUUGUCCUUGACUUGGUCAUUCUACUCUCUCUCUUCUUCUAGUCCAUCUCACUACUCUAUUAUUCCCACUCCCAAACGCAUACCUUUUGACUUUUAUUUGCAUGGCACACGCAUACAGGACAAUUAUGCAUGGCUACGCAACACACAGGACCCAGACGUUUAUUCUUACAUUGAGCAAGAAAACUCGUACACGGACGCAUCUCUAAGAGGGCAGAGAGGGCUACAAGGCGAGAUUCAGAAGGAACUCGAGGGGGCCAAUCUCUAUGCAAAGUCAGAAUGUGACAUGUUGGCAGUAUCACAGUAUUGGCAAGAGGGAGGCUAUCUCUACUACACUCGCUCCACUGCCCCUUAUCCCGCCACAUUUCGGAGAUUGCGCUUUAAUGAGACAGCAUGUUUUUGCACAUUGGAUUUGGGUCCCGAGGAAACGGUCCUGGACUACAACACCAUCCUCCCUCCAAACACAACCUACUUUUCUCCGGGCAUCUUUGAAGUCAACCCCCGCGAUCCCUCCCUCAUUGCCUUUUCCUAUGACACAACAGGCUCCGAAACCUACGCCCUCUACAUUCGUGACACAAAAACAGGCAAGAUGUGGGGCGGAUGGCCUUCAUAUGAUUCUGCGCGAUGGGCCGUGGACCGCGGCGCGCAUUACUUGUAUUAUAAUGCCGUGGAUCCUCAGUGGGGGAUUCCGCGGUGGGUGUUGAGAGCGUGUGCUCGUGCGUGCCCAAAGCAAGACAAGAGGGAUGAACGGGGUGAACCAGAGUGGGUGUAUGUUGAAGAGGAUCCGAGUCUGACGACGGCUGUGGAUGCCACCAGUGAUGGUCUUUUUGUGUUUGUCAAGGUCACUGGUCAGGUCACGUCUGAAAUCCGUCUCAUCAACUCUACAAUCGCCACCCCCCUCUUCCACCGCUCUCUCGCCAUCCACUACACCAUCGACCACGCUCAUGCCCAUUUCUACAUUCUCACCAACGCCCUUGCACCCAACUAUGCCAUCCACCGCCUCCCCACAGCUCAAGCCCUCGCCUCCAACAUGUCCAUCUCGGCCCUCUUCUCCGACAAACCCCCCGAACCCGUCCUCCCUGCCUCGGAUGCCCAAUACAUUGAACGUAUGGAUCUCCUCUCCUUGCAUCUGGUCGCGUGGGUGCGUGUCCGCGGGUUGCGUCAAGUCGUCACCAUCGAUCUAGUAUCCCAAUCCAUGACGCGUCCGGUCCCUCCUACACUGGAAACCUACUCUUUGUUCCCUGGGACUAACACAGACAUGGACCAGCGGCUCUAUACAGAAUUCAACAGUUCCUGUCUCCUCUUUUCCAAUUCCUCGUUUACGGUUCCGCAUGCGUCAUAUGUUCAUCACCUUGGUACCGCAGACACAAGACGCAUGACGCACAAGACGGUUUCCGUACCCUUUUCGGAACGCCGCGUCUGGGUGCCGUCCACCCGUACACCAAAUACGUUUAUCCCCAUCUCCCUCCUCACCCCACCCACAAGCAACCCAACACCCAUCCUCGUGAGUGCCUAUGGCGCCUACGGAGGAUUCCAGGACCCGACAUGGUCUCCCCACCUCUUUUCACUCCUCCGUCGCAACAUAUCCUAUGCGAUUUGCCAUCCCCGUGGAGACGCCGACCUGGGUGCAGAAUGGUACACCUCUGCCAAAUACACUACGAAAAACCUCACAUUCUCUGACGUCCGUGAUUGCAUUUCCGGUCUUAUUUCCCUGGGAGUCGCCUUACCAGGCCAUAUCGGACUCUAUGGUCGAAGUGCAGGUGGCCUCAUCACAGGCUCCGCCGUGUCUUCAUCAGGUUUCAACGGUCUCGUCCAACUCGUCGUCACUCAAGUCCCCUUUGUGGACCCCGUUGGCGAUAUGAUUGAUCCCACCAUGCCAUGGGUCCCAUACGAGUACUACGAAUGGGGCAAUCCAAACAAUAUCAACAUCUUUCAUGCCAUGAUGGACUACUCGCCUUAUUACAAUGUCCCCAAGUCGAAGAUCAAAGUAUUUGUCACGACGGGAUUAAAAGACGCGCGUGUAGGCUUUUAUGAGCCGUUAAAGUGGGUUGCCAAGAUGCGGGAGGUUGGAAUAAAUGUUUUGGUGCGUGUUACUGGGCAAGGACAUUUUGGGGGGGUUGGAAGUGCGGGUCUGAGGGAGAUGUGUGAGUGGCUUGCGUUUGUUGUUUGUGGGAUUGGGGUGUGAUAGCUUGUUUGGAGCAAGCAUUGGAUUUUUUUUAGUUGUUUAUAUUUUAAUAUUUUUUUUGGAUAUUUUGGAAUGUAUAUUGUCGAUGUGUGGGA